AUGGAGAACUGUAGAUGCGCUCUUGCAUCGUCCGGCGGAGAGAAAAAGUCGGAGGUGGUCCGUGCACUGCGGCGCCGGAGUUCAAUUUUCAGUCCGCCGUCAUGGACAACAUCUCGCAUCCCUCCAUCGCCGUCCCCAGGUUUCCGCGUCAGCGACGUCCAAUUACGCCUCACCGUCGUCUUCAAACUCCUCAUCAAUAUGCUUUGCCUUCGGUGUACGGCUCUGCCGACCGCUUUCAGGUCCUUUGCGGCCCCAGCAACCAGACUCACCUCCGCACCGCUCACAUCCACCGCAACCUCUCUAUCAACACCGUUCCGUGCCCUCUCCUCCACGACCCUCUCCUCGCUCCGCCUCCCUCAACAACAUCUCCCCUCUCAGAGCCUCAUUACCUCUUCUUCCACCACUACUAUCCGCUCUCUGCUCUCCACCAAAAACUCCUUCGCAAACCAACAGACCCGCUCCUUCUCCGCUAGUGCCUCGUUGGGCGGAAAGCGCGAUACCUACAACCCCUCGCGGAGGGUGCAGAAGCGCCGUCACGGAUUCUUGGCUCGGUUGCGCUCGCGAGGUGGACGGAAGAUUCUGUUGAGGAGAAGGGCUAGGGGGCGAAAGUCGCUGAGCUGGUAG